AUGGAGGCUCUUUUGCGCCAGUCGAAGUCCAUGUGCCCGUUCUUACACAAGACGUCACCCGCCACGCUCCGCUCCCUCUCUACCACGACCACGGCGGCGGCCCGCCAGGAGGUUGCCCCCGGCGCUGGAAGCAUGUCCAACCUCCAGGUCAUCGCUCGUCGCUGCCCCAUCAUGGGCAAGGCGCUUGCCGUCCAGAGCUCCCGCAAUGGCAACAACGCUCUUGCCGGCGCUUUCGGCGGUGUGCGUGCUUACCACACCCGCGUGAACCGCGCCAGGCUACACACGACGGCGUCCAAGGAAGCCCAGGCUGUGGAUCUUGAGAGCCUGCGGGGCAAGCAGGGACCACCAUUCCCGCACGCAGCCCUGAAGCCUGCGAGCACUAAGCCCUCGAAUGUCGCAUCCGCAUCCGCCCCGCAAGCCGCUACGUUCGAUUACGAAGGCUUCUACCACAAUGAGCUGGACAAGAAGCACAAGGACAAGUCGUACCGCUACUUCAACAACAUCAACCGCCUGGCCAAGGAGUUCCCGCGCGCUCACAAGGAGUCGCCAGAGGACAAGGUGACGGUUUGGUGCUCCAACGACUACCUCGGCAUGGGCCGCAACCCGCACGUCCUCAAGUCGAUGCACGAGACCCUGGACAACUACGGAGCCGGCGCCGGAGGUACCAGGAACAUCUCCGGACACAACCAGCACGCUGUAGCAUUGGAAGACACGGUCGCGAAACUUCACUCCAAGGAGGCUGCGCUUGUCUUUUCAUCCUGCUAUGUAGCCAACGAUGCGACGCUUGCGACUCUCGGAAGCAAGCUGCCCAAUUGCGUCAUCCUCUCGGAUAGCCUGAACCACGCAUCUAUGAUCCAAGGCAUCCGCCAUUCGGGCGCGAAGAAGAUGGUCUUCAAGCACAACGAUCUCGCAGAUCUUGAGGCGAAGCUGCAAUCGAUUCCUUCCGAAUACCCCAAAAUUAUCGCAUUUGAGAGUGUGUACAGCAUGUGCGGCUCGAUUGGUCCCAUUGAAGGAAUCUGUGAUCUCGCUGAAAAGUACGGAGCCAUCACCUUUUUGGACGAAGUCCAUGCCGUCGGCAUGUACGGACCACACGGCGCCGGUGUUGCUGAGCAUCUCGACUUCGAAGCCCACAAGGCAGGCAGACCCCAAGGCACCGUUCAGGACCGCGUAGACAUCAUCACUGGCACUCUCGGAAAAGCGUACGGCUGCGUUGGUGGCUACAUUGCUGGCUCUACCAAACUCGUCGACACCAUUCGCUCGCUCGCUCCUGGCUUCAUCUUCACUACUUCGCUCCCGCCUGCGACCAUGGCAGGUGCCAAGACCGCCAUCGAAUACCAGGCUAACUACCAGGGCGACCGACGCCUGCAACAACUGCACACUCGUGCAGUCAAGGAUGCAUUGAACGAGAAGAACAUUCCCGUCAUCCCGAACCCUAGCCACAUCAUUCCGGUCCUUGUUGGAAACGCCGAGGUAGCCAGGAAGGCGUCCGACAUGCUUAUGGAAGACUGGGGCAUCUACGUCCAGGCGAUCAACUACCCUACCGUUCCUGUCGGCCAAGAGCGCCUGCGCAUUACGCCUACCCCAGGCCACAUCCGCGAAUACCGCGACCACCUAGUCGAGGCCGUCGACGCUGUAUGGAACCAGCUGGGCAUCAAGCGCACGAGUGAAUGGGCUGCCGAGGGCGGUUUCAUCGGCGUCGGUGAGGCUGGCAAGGAGGAGGUCGCUCCUCUCUGGACGGACGAGCAGCUCGGUCUGACUGACGUUAUCAACGAGAUGAAGUCUGGCCAGGGUGCGACUGGAAUUCUCGAGGCUGUGCUUGAGAAUGAGCGCAAGGCUACGGCCCAGGCUGUAGCUGCUGCGGCUUAG